GACUCUCGAGUGCUCGAACUCCAAGGUCGAUAGCAGAGAAUAUCGAAAUCGUUCAAUGUCCAUUUGGAUGACCGAAGCGUUCAGAUCACUUUCCGGUUAACGUUGAGUCCGUGCGGUUGUUACACGCAGAUCACAUAUUCAAGAUGGGAGUACCAGCUGGUGAUGCGGAAAAAGGCAAGAAGAUUUUCAAGCAAAAGUGCAUGCAGUGCCAUACCGUAGAAGCUGGCGGUAAACACAAAGUAGGACCCAAUUUACAUGGAUUGAUUGGUAGGAAAACUGGCCAAGCCGCAGGCUUCAGUUACACAGAUGCGAACAAAGCUAAAGGAAUCACCUGGAAUUCAGAUACCUUAUUCGAGUAUCUUCUCAACCCCAAGAAGUACAUCCCAGGCACAAAAAUGGUGUUCGCUGGUCUGAAGAAAGAGGAGGAGCGCGCGGACCUUAUCGCUUACCUCCACGAAGCUACUAAGUAAUUAGAACAUUUGAAGAAAUGGCAGAGAUCACGUGACGGAUAGCGAAGACAACUCUAGUACAAGUAUCAUCUCUGACUUCGUGUUCCACAUUUUCAUAAAAUUCGUUACCUUAUAGUGAUUCCUAAUAUACGUUAGCUGAAUUAUUAUUGUCAUCUAACGAUCGAUUAAAUAUAGUGAUAUCAUUGUAAUUAUGUAAAUGUCAAAUGACAUUGCAGCUGUCUAAAAGCAACGGCUGUACUCGUUCAAGGUAUUCGACUAUGUAAUAGUGUUCAACUCUGGUAGUUGAUCACGAUUCAACCCCUAUUUAUUGUCAUUGUAUCAAUUGAAUUGUGCACUGACCACGUAGGUAUUAUUUUUCUUCCCAUAGUCAGACAGCAUAGGCUUGAUGCUAAAGUUCAUUGGCUAUUCAUUAAACCGAAAUUAUUUUA